AUGGAAUUCAUUAAUCUUGUAUUAUAUUUCGAUGAUAUGCUCUCUAAUGUUCAACCUAGAUCUCAACCAGCCGUAAUUUCCUUGAUUAAGAUGAGUGUAAGGGUCCAUAAUAAAAAGCCACCCUCUCCUUCUCCCAAUGUAUUCAAAGUAGCAACAAUCAUUCCUUGCAAGAAGCAUAACACCAUCAAUCGCAUUACACGGUGCUACCCGCAACCACCCAACCAGCCAUCAUUGUAUGAUUCAUAUGGCCUAAGCUGUGAGAAUCCACUCACAAAAACUCUGUUUGGUUCAGUUUGUGGCUAUGUACUUCUCAUGAGUUUCUUACUUUUACUUGAUCCACCUCCUUUGCUUGUUUAUCAGGUAAUUAAUGAGUUAGAGAUUGAACUUGCAUCUGGAACAUAUUUGAAGCAAAUCCAGGUGAGAAAUAAAGGAAAAAGCUUAGUUGAAGUUAACCUGGUACCACUUAGUGACAAAUUUGACAACGUAAUUGUAGUCUGA